AUGCCCAACACCUCGUCCUCGGAGCCCCGGCCCGCCCGCGCGUCCUGCCCCGACCCCGCGCCGGGCUGCGCCAACGCGUCGAGUCCGGUGCCGCUGCCCGCGACGCUGGCCGUGGCCGUGCCGGUCGUCUACGCGGUGAUCUGCGUCGUGGGGCUGGCGGGCAACUCGGCAGUGCUGUACGUGCUGCUGCGGGCGCCUCGCAUGAAGACGGUCACCAACCUGUUCAUCCUCAACCUGGCCAUCGCGGACGAGCUCUUCACGCUGGUGCUGCCGGUCAACAUCGCCGACUUCCUGCUGCGGCGGUGGCCCUUCGGGGAGCUCAUGUGCAAACUCAUCGUGGCCAUCGACCAGUACAACACCUUCUCCAGCCUCUACUUCCUCACGGUCAUGAGCGCCGACCGCUACCUGGUGGUGCUGGCCACCGCCGAGUCGCGCCGCGUGGCCGGCCGCACCUACGGCGCCGCGCGCGCGGUGAGCCUGGCGGUGUGGGCGCUGGUCACGCUGGUGGUGCUGCCCUUCGCCGUCUUCGCCCGGCUCGACGACGAGCAGGGCCGGCGCCAGUGCGUGCUGGUCUUCCCGCAGCCCGAGGCCUUCUGGUGGCGGGCGAGCCGCCUCUACACGCUGGUGCUGGGCUUCGCCGUCCCGGUGUCCGCCAUCUGCGCCCUCUACACCCGUCUGCUGUGCCGGCUGCGCGCCAUGCGGCUGGACAGCCACGCCAAGGCCCUGGAGCGCGCCAAGAAGCGGGUGACCCUCCUGGUGGUGGCCAUCCUGGCCGUGUGCCUCCUCUGCUGGACGCCCUACCACCUGGGCACCGUGGUGGCGCUCACCACCGACCUCCCGCAGACGCCGCUGGUCAUCGCCAUCUCCUACGUCAUCACCAGCCUGAGCUACGCCAACAGCUGCUUCAACCCCUUCCUCUACGCCUUCCUGGACGACAGCUUUCGCAGGAGCCUCCGCCAGCUGAUCGCGUGCCGCGCGGCCGCCUGA